AGCAUGUGAUCUUGGGUGAGGGCACACACCAAGUUGCGUGUGCGCGAGAGGGUGUGUGUGUGAGAUCACACAUUCUGUCUGAGGACAGCCCCUAAAUGAGUUUAACGAGAUUGGCGAGAACAGUAAACUGCUGGCAGGGUGAAGAAAGUGAGGGUGGAAGGAGGUUGGAUGCUUGGCUGGGCAAAUCCUCAAACAGCGAAAUAAGGUCGUUUUUACAAACGUGGAUUUCUUCCAUAUAUUUUAUCACAGCGACAAUGAAUUAGUUUGCGCGUGAGCAAGCGGAAGUCCCUUUUUCUUUUCGAUAGGUGUUCCAGUGACCUGCUGCUGAGCGCCAACACUCCAUCAUGAGGAGCCCGUUUCUAGCCGUGCUGGUUCUGCAGCUUGUCGGGACCUGCUUUUGCCAAUUCCCUCGGCCCUGCGCCAACACGGAGAGCCUACGGACCAAAGAAUGUUGCCCCGUUUGGGAUGGAGACGGCUCGGCGUGCGGUGCCCUGUCAGGCCGAGGUUUUUGCACCGAGGUGCUCGUGUCGGACGAGCCGCACGGUCCGCAGUACCCGCACAGCGGAAUUGAUGACAGGGAGCGCUGGCCUUUGGCCUUCUACAAUCGGACCUGUCGCUGUGUGGGAAACUACGGAGGUUACGACUGCGGGGAGUGCAGGUUUGGCUAUUGGGGAGCAAAUUGUGCCGAGUACAGGGAAUCGGUGCGGCGAAACAUCCUGACGCUGUCAGCUGCUGAGCAGCAAAAGUUCAUCUCCUACCUCAACCUGGCCAAGAACACCAUCAGCCCCGACUAUGUCAUUGCCACGGCAACCAGAGCAGAGAUGGGCGAAAAUGGUGAGAAUCCAAUGUUCAGUGACAUCAACUCCUACGAUCUGUUUGUCUGGAUGCACUACUACGUGUCGCGAGACGCUUUCCUGGGUGGGCCGGGGAACGUGUGGACCGACAUCGACUUCGCCCAUGAAUCUGCGGCCUUUCUGCCCUGGCAUCGAGUCUACCUGCUUCACUGGGAGAAUGAGAUAAGGAAGCUCACAGGAGAUUUUAACUUUACCAUCCCAUACUGGGACUGGAGGGACGCCCAAACCUGUCAGGUGUGCACCGAUGCUUUGAUGGGGGGCCGCAGCCCCUUCAAUCCCAACCUUAUCAGCCCUGCGUCCGUCUUCUCAUCGUGGAAGGUGAUCUGCACUCAGCCCGAGGACUACAACAAUCGUGAGGCCUUGUGCAACGCGACAGGGGAAGGACCGCUGUUGCGUAACCCCGGCAACCAUGAUACCAGUCGAGUGCAGCGACUCCCAACAUCAGCUGAUGUCGACUUCACCGUGGGCCUCCGGGAGUACGAGACCGGAGCCAUGGACCGCUUUGCCAACAUGAGCUUCAGGAACGUUCUUGAGGGUUUCGCCAGUCCAAUCACAGGCAUGGCGGUUCAAGGCCAGAGCACCAUGCACAAUGCCUUGCACGUCUUCAUGAACGGCUCCAUGUCCUCUGUGCAAGGUUCCGCCAAUGACCCCAUAUUCCUCCUGCACCACGCUUUCAUAGACAGCAUCUUUGAGCGUUGGCUGCGAACCCACCAGCCUACACGGGCCUUCUAUCCCUCUACCGACGCGCCCAUUGGCCACAAUGACGGCUACUACAUGGUGCCAUUCCUGCCUCUUUAUAGAAAUGGAGACUAUUUCCUCUCCACUAAGUCAAUGGGAUAUGAAUACGCCUAUCUGUUGGAUCCAGGUCAGCGAUUUGUUCAGGAAAUCCUGACACCUUACCUCCAGCAGGCCCAGGAGAUCUGGCCGUGGUUGCUGGGAGCCGGUAUCAUCGGGGCGUUGAUCACGGCAAUCACCGCGGUUGUGGCCGUUGUGGCACGAAAGAAAUGGAGACGAAACCUGAGGAGGAAGAGGAUGUCCAUUUUUGGAGAACGACAGCCGCUUCUUCAGAGCAGCUCAGAGGAAGGCUCAGCUUCCUACCAGACUACUCUGUAACACACACACACACACACACAUGCGCGCGCACAUGCACACACACACAUUCUUACACUUGUUUAGGUAAUGACAUUCUGACAGGUUCCUGGGUUUCUAAAGAUAAAAUUUGGCGAAGAGUUUGUGCACCUGAAUCACGUUUUCUCCUCAUUUUAAAAAAACAAAAGCAUAUGUCUACACGUAUAAUGAGUGUCCAUUCUUACUAUCUUUUGCAUACCAAACCAAAAGAUUUAGUCCAUUAAGUAAAAUGCACGGUAAUUAUUCAAAUGUCAUAAACACUUCUAUGUAUUUGUUGAUAAGGUAUCUCGGAUACACUGCACAUGUACAAAAAGAAAAAAUCUUACUCACAAUGUCAGACGCUGUAAAUUGUUGAUUUGGGUGCACCAACCUUCAUGAAGUUUUUAAACAGCAGGCUGAAAAUCAUUCAGGAAGAUAUCCCACAUAUUCCAAACAUUUACCAAUCAGAAUACACCGAGGACGUGCGGGUACACAUGCAUGUGUUGAUAAUGAUAUUGAUAAUGAUAAUUGAUGAUAAUAAUAACAAUAAUAAUAUGAACAACGAUUCACAUGCUUGAGUUAGGUGAAAGAGCUUGCCUUGAAAGGUGUUUGCUAAAUAUUAACAUAUUCUAUAUUCAGAAAUUAAAUGGGUUUUAAUCACUAUUAAAUGUACAAUUGUAUAAUUAUUUUCGAUAUUAUGAUGACCCAAUUGAAAGUGAAGGUCAAAUGAAAUACAAUGAAAUAAACAUGUUAAAAGUGCAAUUAUGUUAUGUGUGCCUCCACUAGUCUAAACACAGCAAUCUCAUUAAAAUUGGAUUGUGGAAUAAGAAUGUAACAGAUAAUAAAUCCAUGUGACCAAACCCAGAAAUUCUACGGCAGCAAUUCAAACCCAUCAACACUUUGACGUGAAUUUCAGCCAACAGCAGGGGGCAAUGCUGCAUAAAAUUUUAGCUUCUGCGGAUGGCUGAAAUAGGUGGAUUUGUCUGGUUAAUUUUUAUUCCACCAACUCCAUUUGAAAUUCCCUGUUUAGUGGGGGCACAUAAAGUAUAUUAUAAAAAAGAAAAUGUCUGAUUUGACUCCCACUUAAAAGGAAAUUACCUUGUUUUAAUACAAGUGAAUACUGUACACUCACCGAAAAACUGGUGCUCAAGGAUCGUAAUGCAUGUGAUUUCUCACAAGCUCAUGAAAUGUGAGUGGCUGCAUUAAAAUCAGAUCUGAUCCAAA